UUGCAUGUUUUCAUCUUCAGUGAUAUUUUCUUGCCUAAAGCAACUCUCAACUUGAACGAAUAUUUCAGUGAAUUAAAAAAUUUCUACGAGGAAAAUAAAGAUAAGGCUAAUUUAUAUGUAGUCUAUGUUGUCAGCGGUACAAUGUGUUCCAACAGUAAGAAAUAUUCGCCUUCCUUUUAUCGGAGAGUGCAGCUUGUAAGAGGAGAAAAUUUGGACAAAAUUAAGGCUCUUUAUGAUUCAGUGGAUACUUGUGAAAUUUUUUGUCUUCAUACGAAAAAAAUUAAGAGUUUAUAUAGCAUUUAUUGUGUCGACCGUCUUGACGACGAUGAAUUUAUUCAAACCGAUCCAGAGCGGAGUUGGAUAACUUGCCCUGUAGCUCAAAUAAAACGUGCUGAAAUGCUUGAAAAGUAUGCUCAAAUAAGUGCAGAAUCGAGCCAGAAAUCAGAAUUGGUAUUUUUUUACUUAUUGGUAAUAUAA